AUGCCACCUCCAUCACGUCCUGCUUCACGUCUACCACCAAUGGGUUCUUUCCAAGUCCCUUCUCAGCCUUUGCUAGAGCGUCCUCUCAAUGUCACAGAUGCUUUGGGCUACCUCGAUGCUGUCAAGGUACAGUUUCAUGACCAGCCGGAUGUUUACAACCACUUCCUGGACAUCAUGAAGGACUUUAAGAGUGGACUUAUCGAUACACCAGGCGUUAUAAAACGCGUCUCCCACCUUUUUAAUGGCCAUCCCUUCCUUAUCCAAGGCUUCAACACUUUCCUCCCUGUCGGUUAUCGCAUCGAGUGCUCCUCUGACCCACAACAAUCCUCUUUCAUUACCGUCACAACCCCUACUGGCACGAUGCUUCAGUCCACUCGCGACGAUUCUUGGCCUUCUGCUCCGAUAGCUCCUCCACCUGCUGUAUUGGCUGAACCCGAUGCAAACAUGUACGGCAGUCUGGAUAGCUCCUCUAUAGAACCAGCCGUUCAGUAUGUUCAAAAGAUAAAGCAACGCUGCGACGAGGCCACCUACCGCCGGUUUCUAGAAAUUCUCGGCAAGUAUCAUAACACUACCGACGCCGUCGACGAGCGCGAAGUGUCAGCUGAAAUUGCCCGUCUUUUCAAAGACGAUCCCGAUUUGCGUGCCGACUUUAGGAUUUUCAUGCCAGAGAAGAGCCAGGCUCUUUUUGACGAAGCAGAAGAAAGCUAUCUUACGGCCCCAACAGGACGCCGAACGCGAUCAAAUACGCCCUUAGAUGGAAAGCCUGUCCGCCGUCGUACAGACCCCCAACCUCCCAUCGAGCCCUCUGUACCUCAAAAACGCAAGCGUAAGGCCAACGAACGGGACACUGUCUCCACCGCACCUAAAGCUCCUUCCAAGCCACCCCUCCCUCCCUCCCUCCUCCCACCAGACGAUACACACUUCUUCGACCGCGUCAAGCGUGCGCUGGGGAAUCGGGACACUUACAACGAGUUUUUGAAGCUCGUAAAUCUCUUCACCCAGGAACUUAUAGAUACUGCACGUCUCGUCCGUGAGGCACGGAAUUUCCUGGGAGACGCCGAGUUAAUGCGCCAGUUUAGGGAGAUUCUUGGCUGGGAUGAUAGGCGUGAGAGGGAGCGGUGGGUGCUGGAGGAGAGUCAACAGCAGCAGACUUGGGCGAGGGCACAAGGCCAGGGAGGCCCUAUGAUCGUCCCAAUCCGCCCGGGCAGAGUUAGUGCAGGGCUUCAACUAGGAAGCUACCGUCGAAUGCCAGCUAUCGAAGCCAAUGUCACCUGCGCAGGGCGUGACGAGAUGUGCCGCGCAGUCCUCAACGACGAAUGGGUAUCGCACCCCACCUGGUCGUCGGAAGACGCAGGCUUCAUAGCGCACAAGAAAAACAUCUACGAAGAGGCUCUCCACCGCUCCGAAGAAGAACGCCACGAGUACGAUUUCCACGUCGAAGCAGCCACGCGCACCAUCGCUAUCCUCGAGCCUCUCGCUGCCAAAAUUUCCCAACUCCCGCUUGAAGAGCGAUCUGCGUUUAAGCUGAAGCCCAAUCUUGGAGGCUCGGGCAAAGCGGUGCACGCACGCGUCAUCAAGAAGAUAUAUGGACGCGAAGCUGGACUGGACGUUUUGCAAGCGAUGCAAGAUGCACCAGCCCUCGCUAUCCCCGUCGUCCUCAUGCGCCUCAAAGAGAAAGAGGAGGAAUGGAAACGCGCACAGAGGGAGUGGAAUAAAGUAUGGAGGGAAGUAGACGCCCGGAACGCUUCUCGUGCUUUGGACCACGCGGGGAUCGCAUCAAAAGCGCUAGUGGCUCAGAUCGAAGCUGCGCGCGAUGCGCAGGUGAGCCAGCGGGCUGCGCUUGUGGAUCCGUUGUUUGCGCGUGCGAGGGUGCGGCAUCAGUUGGCGUACGAGGUUGCGGAUACGGGUGUCUUGCAGGAUGCUGUGAAGAUGGCGUUGUCAUUUUUGGACAGGACGCAAGGGCAGAUCGGGGCUCCUGAGCGAAGACGCAUCGAAGGGUUUUUGCGGACGUUCAUUCCGUUGUUUUUCGUUUUGGAUCAAGAGGUGUUUCAUAGAGCGUUUGUGCUUGGAGAAGCGGGGGAAGUUGAGAUGGGGGAUGAUGGGGAUGAUGGGGAGACAGGGAGUGUUUCGGGUGGGAAUGGGGGGAAGAAGAAGAAGGGUGGGCUUGGUUCGGGUGGAGAUCUGAGGAAGAAGUUGCUGAAGAGCGAGCAGGCGAAGUUGACGGGGAGGAAAACGCGUGCGCAGGAAGCAGCAUCUCCGUCUUCCUCGAGACCUACUUCGAGACCUGCGUCUCCUGCGAUACCCGAUGUGAUGCAGGUAGAUGCCGUGGAGGAGGGGGAACGGGAGCCUGUUGUGCCGUUGCGCAAGGCAUCGAGGAAGAAUGUGUUCUUUGGGAAUACUGUGUUUUAUGUGCUUUUGCGACUUUUAGAGGUAUUAUACUCCAGACUCUUAUUCUUCAAAAAGCUCAGUGCGCGCAUCGCUACCGAAGCGCCUAAAUCAGCGUCUAAAGCGAAGUCGGUUGCUCCACCGCUAGGGAUGCCGUCCCUUGUCGAACUCGCUCAGUUAGACGACCGUGCUGCUCAUGCAGAUCAUUUCUAUGAUCUGAUGCUCGAGUCGUGCGAGAGGCUAUUUGAUAAUGAGAUCGAGCAAUAUGUGUUCGAGGAGCAGAUGCGGUAUAUGUUUGGGGUGAAGGAUGCAUAUCGAAUAUUUACGAUCGAUAAAGUUAUCGGGUCGUUAAUCAAGCAGGUCCAGAUUGUGUUGGCUGAUUCUAGAAGUCAAGAGCUCUUUGAGCUUUUGAAGCGCGAUCGGGCAUUACAAGUGCCGACGAUCCAAGAUCAGCUUAAUAGUCGACGGUUUGCGGAAAAUCUGCUUGGACCUGAUGAGAACAUUUUCCGUAUAGAUUGGCUUCCAGACACAAAAACGAUGACGAUUCAAUUGCUCGGGAAAGAUGAUUCGAGGAUUGAUGAUUCAGAGAUGUUGGCGGAGAGGUGGCAGGCGUAUGUGGAUUCGUUUGUGUCGAGUCCUGUCACAGAGGGCAUAUCGCAGUCCCGCGUUGGACGUCCAUUUCUUCGCAAGAACGUCCCUCCCUCGGCUACUGCCAGUACCCCAGCGGUGCUCGCGCGUAGCGCACUAGAAACGAAAGUAUGCGUCCGGACGUACCGCUUGUUCUUCGUAUCGGGUACGGAAGACUUUUUGUGGCGGAUCCCGUCCAAAACGGAUUUAGUGACCUCUGGACGGGAGGAAGCGAGGCGGGAGCGAUGGAUUAUGAAGGCAAAGGCGGGGGAGUGGAAUCCUGAUCUUGCGAAGAGCGUGAAGGAGCCGACGCCCGUGCAGGCUGGGAAGGAACAGAUCCCUGUGUCUGUGCCUGUGUCUGAGCCUGAGCCUGUGAGGGCGGUAUGA